CCGCCGCCUGCCCGCGCUCCGCUCGCGUCCCGCCCGCCCGCGCCCGUCCCGCCCGGCCCCGCGGCAGGGCCCGGCCCCCGGCGGAGGCCGCCGCACCAUGGGCGCCUACCUGUCCCAGCCCAACACGGUGAAGAGCUCGGGGGACGGCGCCGGGGCUGGGCCGCGCCCGCUGCACUUCGGCUACAGCGCCAUGCAGGGCUGGCGGGUCUCCAUGGAGGAUGCGCACAACUGUAUUCCUGAGCUGGACAGUGAGACGGCCAUGUUCUCUGUCUACGAUGGACAUGGAGGGGAAGAGGUUGCCCUGUAUUGUGCCAAGUAUCUCCCAGAGAUAAUCAAGGACCAGAAGGCGUACAAGGAAGGCAAACUACAGAAGGCCCUGGAGGAUGCCUUCCUGGCCAUCGAUGCCAAGCUGACCACAGAGGAGGUGAUUAAGGAGCUCGCUCAGAUCGCUGGGCGGCCCCAGGAUGACGACGAGGGGAAAGAGAAAGUGGCUGAUGAAGAUGAUGUUGACAACGAGGAAGCGGCUCUUCUGCACGAAGAAGCCACAAUGACCAUAGAGGAGCUGCUGACUCGCUAUGGACAGAACUGCAUCAAGAACCUCAGAAACAAGCCACUCCCUCCGGCUGAGGAGAUGGGCCAGGAGCAUGGGGGGGAGGCGAGCGUGAAUGGAGAAAGCAGCCUGGGGGAGCUGGCCGAGCACAGAGAGAGGAAGAACGGGAAGCCAGACGACAAGGCCACGGGCAUUUCCUCCACCUCCGACGGAUCUGAUGCUGGGAACAACAGCUGUGCUGCAAAGCAGGCCGAAGUGGGGAGAGGCAAAGUGACGGUCACUUCCUCCACGGGGGAGGCAGGGCCCUCCUGCUCCUCCACUGGAAAGCCCCAGGGCACGACCAAGUCCAAAUUUUUUGAAGACAGCGAGGAUGAGUCAGAUGAGGGAGAAGAGGAGGAGGACAGUGAGGAGUGCAGUGAGGAUGAAGAUGGCUACAGCAGUGAGGAGGCAGAGAAUGAAGAGGAUGAAGAUGACACAGAAGAGGCUGAGGAGGAUGAGGACGAAGAGGAAGAGAUGAUGUUACCAGGCAUGGAGGGGAAGGAGGAGCCUGGCUCUGACAGCGGGACGACUGCCGUGGUAGCCCUUAUCCGGGGGAAACAGCUGAUCGUAGCCAAUGCUGGAGACUCUCGCUGCGUGGUGUCGGAGGGUGGCAAAGCUGUGGACAUGUCCUAUGACCACAAGCCGGAGGAUGAGCUGGAGCUGGCGAGGAUAAAGAACGCCGGGGGCAAGGUCACCAUGGAUGGGAGAGUGAACGGGGGUCUCAACCUCUCCAGGGCAAUCGGCGACCACUUCUACAAACGGAACAAGAACCUGCCCCCGGAGGAGCAGAUGAUCUCGGCCUUACCCGACAUCAAGGUGCUGACAAUAAACGAGGAACACGACUUCAUGGUUAUCGCAUGCGACGGAAUCUGGAAUGUGAUGAGCAGCCAGGAAGUGGUGGAUUUCAUCCAGGCCAAGAUCAGCCAGAAGGAUGAGAACGGGGACCUGAGGCCUCUCUCCUCCAUAGUAGAAGAGCUCCUGGAUCAGUGCUUGGCUCCCGACACCUCAGGGGACGGCACCGGCUGCGAUAACAUGACCUGCAUCGUUAUCUGCUUCAACCCACGCUCCACGCAAGCCCACACCGACAGUGGAAAACGGAAACUGGCAGCGGCAGAGGCCCAGGCAGCGAGGGAGGAGAACGGCAGUGACAGCAGCAAGAAGGCCAAGCGGGACUAGCAGGCCCAGCACAGAGACUUGUCGUGCACUCCCCAGACUCAUUUCUUAAACAAGCUGAACUCGAGACUCCAAAGUCUCAUCCUUUUUUUUUUUAGCCUUAGCAGAGGCCUCGUUUGUCUGUGUCCUGGACAAGGGUGGGGUGGGUUAUCAGGGCAUGUCGUUCAUUUGUAACCAUUCCAAAGAGUGAACCAACAGCAGAGCUGCUGAGCGGGGCUGGCUUCAGCUCCGCGGACACGGGAGCCCCGGCGGAGGUGAGCAGCACGUUAGUGGUUAGAGUAUGGACAUCCCAACAUUGUCUCCAUGUAGGUGUCGUCAUUUUUGUGCCUGUGACUAUUCUGUUUGGAGGGGAAGAACUUUUUCACUUGUUGAGGUUUUUUAAUCUGUGCCCCCUUUAUUUAAGGCCCGUUCUGUUUUUAUUUGUGGAACAAUCUGGAUCGGGUGCCGCCGUUGCACCUCGCUCUGUUGUACACUUUCAAUCAAUACUUUUUCAAACUAAAAGCCCAGAAAACUUA